AGUAGAGAUAGAUAGACGUGUGUGAUCCGUAGAGAGAGGGUAAGUGGAGUAGCAGUAGGAUAGUUUAGUGUAGAGGUUGGUUCGUCGAUAAGCUGCUGCUGUUGUUGUUGCUGCUGCUCCUGUUAAAUGUUUCUUUACGCAACCAUUUUCUUCAGUCAAAGCAACAAUUGUAAACAAGCAAUCACGCAGAAACGCAAAUAUACACGAACGAAAAGCUUCUCACCAUAUUCUCGCAGAUCAUUUUUAACAUGGAAAAGUUACCAAAAGCACAGACACUAAAUAUGCGUAAACAUUUUUUAUGCAAUUCAUGCACAUUGUUUUUUGAUAAAGAGCCAUUGAAGAUUGUGAAGGCUUCCAAGGAGUUUAUGUACGAUGAAGAGGGAAACAAAUUUUUAGACUGCAUCAAUAAUGUUGCUCAUGUUGGUCACUGUCACCCACAUGUUGUCAGUGAAGGCACCAAACAAAUGUCAUUACUUUCUACCAAUACAAGGUUCCUCCAUGAUAACUUAGUCAUCCUUGCUGAGAGAAUUGCAUCCACAUUACCAUCAUCAUUGUCUGUUGUAUACUUCGUUAACUCAGGUUCUGAAGCCAAUGACCUAGCCCUACGCCUUGCUCGCAGUUACACAGAAUCAAAUGAAGUUAUUACGUUAGAUCAUGCUUACCACGGCCAUUUGACUUCCCUCAUAGAAAUCAGUCCAUAUAAAUUGUACUCACUCAGCAAAGCUUCCGACUUUUUCUCUUGUCCACCUUAUGUCCAUAUCGUCCCCUGUCCGGAUGUAUAUCGUGGAAAGUAUCAAGACUGUAACUUCCCAGAAAACGCAGACCUCGGCCAGAUGUAUGCUGAUGAAAUUAAAUCAGUUGUUGAUGCAUUAGCAAAAGAAGGAAAGAAACCAGCCUGUUUCAUUGCAGAAUCUCUACAGAGCUGUGGGGGACAAAUUAUUUAUCCUGAAGGAUACAUGAAUAAAGCAUUUCAGUAUGUUCGUGAUGCUGGUGGUUUGUGUAUAGCUGAUGAGGUUCAAGUUGGUUUUGGCCGUGUUGGUUCCCAUAUGUGGGCAUUUGAAACUUACGGUGUUAUACCAGAUAUUGUAACGAUGGGGAAGCCGAUGGGAAAUGGACACCCUGUGUCGGCUGUUGUGACUACGGCAGAAGUAUCUGCUGCCUUCCACAGUUUAGGAACCAGUUACUUCAACACUUUUGGUGGAAACCCUGUGUCCUGUGCUAUCGCAUUGGCUGUGAUGGAUGUCAUUGAAAAUGAGGAAUUGUUGAAAAAUGCUCAAGAGAUUGGAAGUUAUUUACUGUCAAAGCUUAAUGAUUUGAAAUCAAAAUAUUCCAUCAUUGGUGACGUUAGAGGCAUUGGAUUAUUUAUCGGCAUUGAUUUAGUGCUUGAUAGGACAAGCCGUGAGCCUGCAACAGAUAAAGCGUCACAGAUAAUCAACAGUUUAAUGAAAAAGCAUCAUAUAAUCCUCAGUCAAGAUGGUCCAUACAGUAAUGUACUGAAGUUUAAGCCUCCAAUGUGUUUCAACAAGGAUGAUGCUGUGUUACUUCUUGAAAAACUUGAAGAAGCUUUAAUUGAAUCCCAGGAAUCUGUCAGCACAAAAGCUAAUGCUCUAUGAAAUAUGUCAGCACCAAUCUUAACAGAAUAUUUUCUUUCUUUCCUAUACUCUUUUUAUUACCUUUUUUUUUAUUAAGGUUUUUGUUAUUUGAUUUUUUUUUUUUACUAGUGUUUUUCACAAAAAUAUAUUUUCUUUUAGAAUAAGAAACUACAUUUUCAGUCUUCUGUUCUAGAAUUCUUACAAGGUGCUGACUUACAAAAUAGAUAUUUUAUUGGUACUUCCAUAGAGAAUAUUUAUAUAUUUUUAACUUCUCUUUUUUUU